UUAACGCGGACAUCUUCCCUGCGUUGGAAAAAUACUUUUUUUGGUCAUAAUCAGCGUAAAUUUCCACAGAAAAGGACGAAUACACUGUUGACAUCCCCGACUUUAAUGGUUUGGUGCCAAAAAUAGUAGCAAAAUUUACAAAUAUCUUUAGAAGAUGAAAUUCUAUAUUUCUCAAGAUGCCAUGAAAUACUUUGAGAUAUAGCUUUGAAAGGUAUAGAUAAAUUCCGAAAAUGGUCGAAUUUGGUCCUCCCUUUGCGUCAAGCGAAAGGGAGUAAAUGCAUAGACAUUAAUUAUCUAAAAAGGAAGAGGAAUAAUUGUGCCAACUUUGCGACCACCAUGUUCUCUCCAAGGCUACCUCCACUAACAAGGCUACGUCAUCAUUCAGUAGAUAGUGACGAGUACGAAACAAUUACUCGUUUCACCAGGAAGGAUCCCAGACUUCCGAGAGGGCCCAUCAAGCUACCUCCACUAAAACCCGACAAAGUCAGCCGCCGAGACAGGUCGGAGUCUCCGAGACGAACGAUAAGUAGUAGAAGCCCGUUGAAAACGAGGCUGACCUUCAACGAAAACGAGACCAAGUUGGUCGUGCGUCAGAGGGAAGACAAAGAUGGCGGCGGCAAGGGUAGACGCGCGAGGGAUGACGGUCAUUCGAACGCCAUUAUGGAACAGCUGGACUACAGACCGAGGGUCAACUCUACAGGACAUAGCCCCUGUAAGCGCCAAUCCAGGAGGACAUCGGUCAAAAAGUCGGACAGAAGAGUUGCACCUUGUUCCCAGGAAAAUGCUCGUUCCCAGGACAAUCAUCCUUCCCAUGAUGCCUUAUCCGACCAAGAAGUGGAAAAUCAUGAAGGGAACGGAGAACCAGGACUGUACAUGCCUCGAGCCAACAAGUAUUUCCGCCUGCAGCGCCUCAGGAAGAGCCUCAACAACAUCGAAGACCGCAAACACAGGUCCCUGUCUUACCCUAGGAGCACCAACGAGGAGCUCCCCCUACUGGAAUCUCUCAGGUAUCCAGCUAAGCCGUGCCUCCCUCCCAUCGGGGUCAAGUGUGACGUCAGCAGUGGCCUUUCACCCCAUCGUAACAAAUCCUCCCCACGGCGUCGCGGGGGGCCAGUCGUUUCUUCACUGAGGGGAUCAGGUUACUUAUCCUCGUUCACCUUUGACCUCGAUGACGACGACUUUGAUCCUGACCUUCGACCUUAUGAGGAGAGAAAGGAAGAGCUCGGAGACGUCGUCUUAGAUCAGUUCUUAAAGACCCACAAGAGAAGGAACGCCACUUGCGAAAAGCUCGACAAAGAACAGGGAACAGGGCUGGUAAAAUUCUGUGAGGAAAUCGCCAUCAUGACCGCCAUACAUCAGUGCUUCUAGGCUGUAAGACAGCCGCCAUUUUUAUAUUAUUACCGUUGUAUACAUAUGUAUACAUUAAAGAGAUGAGAAAUGCAGUAGUUUAAGCAUUUUAUCGACGUAUAUCUUGGGAACCCAAUACCUAUAAAACAAAUAGGAAAUAUUCAUCAACAGUUGAUGACGUUUUCAAACACAGAAGUGACGAAGAUACUAUGGACACCGAUGAUGAAAAGAAAUUGUGGUUAAAUUAUGUUAAAAGAAGUCAAUAAUCUUAACUUUAUUUUCAGAUGUGGAAAAUGUCAUUUGUGUUGGUAUUUGGCGUAUUGAAAAUCAAAUUCAAAUGCCACAAACGUUUAGCUGCUGUCAUAUGUGUUAAUAUGACACAAAAUAUUUGUUGAUAUAGAGUUUGUCUUAAAAUUUACAGCAGUAACAAAAAAUUAAUUUUUCUGGGAGCCUGAAGGUACCAAAAUCAAUAAUGAUGGUCGAUAAAUGAGUAUGUCCUAGUCAUGUAACAUAUGUUCUUUGGGCUGUAUUUUUCUACCUCUCGUUGUCGUGAAAAGGACCUGAAAAAUUCAGUGGACCGGAUGUUUGAACAAUUAGACAAUGAACAGAGUAUACCUACACUACAGUGGCAUUCGUUCACGUGUCUCGAGACUUAAUGGCCCAGGAAAAUACCAAGAGCGAAGAAGAGGAGAGUUGAUGGUCAUUUUCAUCAAGUUUCUACAGUCAAACUUAAAUAGACAGUUAGCGUUGUCUUUGUGAAGAUAGACACCAAAACAGAUUCCUUUGUAGCGAAAUUGACCAUUGUUUUGAGUAUUGCCCAUUCACAA